AUGUAUGCAGAUCGCGAAGAGGGGCUGGAUGCCGCGCCUGCUCAAUCCGCACCGAGAGCGCCUAAUGUUCGUGGUCGAGGCAGGGUGCUGAGCACGCGAGACUACACGAGCAGUGAGGUGAGCCGCUCUCCGAGCCCCAAUCGUGCGGCUCGUUCGCCCACGCGUAGCAUGUCGCCCGAAUUAGCGGGCAGCCAUCGACGGGACAGCAGCCACGCUCUCAGUGGCGCACACAGCAGCUCGGCAAGGCGAAGCCGUGGUGGAGAUACUGACCGACGUCGGGGUCACUCCCGCAGCGCUUCUCCAGGCGCUCGACGCUCGCGUAAUCCGGCACAUCGCAAUGGUCGUCAUCGUAAUGAUGAGGACCGCUCUCGCAGUCCGGCAUCGCGUUCUCCCUCCCGUACCCCAUCGUCUAGGUCCUCCUCCACGGCUCCACGUGCGCGCGCCGUGUCCAAUGCUGAGAGAGAAGCAGAGCUAGCAGAAAAAUUGCGAAGGUAAGUGACAGACUCAGAUGCUAAUACUACAGCGAAGCUCAUACGCCAAUCUGACCCGCUGACCCUCGAUCUUGUCUCACCCCUGCGCAGACGAGCAGCAGGUUCCAAGAAUGGUCCUCGCGACUCUCGUGGUCGGUCUGUCACUCGCUCUCCCUCUCCACGAAGGUCACGCUCUCGCAGUCCAACGCAUUCUCGACGUGGUGACUAUGACGAGCGAGAUAGCGCACAUCGCAGGCGAAAGCGUGACCGUGAAGACUACGAAGGUGGGCGAGCUAGCUUAGAGCGUCGCCUAGAGGCCCGUCUCGACGAUCGUCGUAGCGAACGUGGAAGCAGUCGCAUUUCCGACAGGUACGAGCGCGACCGCUACUAUGAUCGUGGACCUGCUAGAACCCACCAUGAGCGCUCACGAGGUGGUUACGAUAGGGAUCCUUAUGCUCGAGACAGAUACCCGUCACGCGGUGGAUACGAUCGCGAACCGUAUGGGCGCGACAGGUACGGCCCUCGUGGUGGUGGUGGAUACGAACGCGACCCAUACGCAUCACGUCGACGUGAAGAUGGUCCUUACCACAGUCCCCGCCAUGGCUCUCGUGGACCGCUUCCUCCAGAAGAGAAAGUGCGCACACCCGAGCCCGAGGAUUACGAGUUACGCUCUGUCUUUUGCUCCCAGCUUGCGGCUCGUCUUGGACAGCGUGACCUGGGCGAAUUUUUUGAGGAGGCUCUCGGGGACAACAGUGUGCGAGACGUGCGCAUUGUCACAGAUCGUAUCACUGGGCGCAGUAAGGGGUGAGUGCAAUUUUGACGUCGUGCACUGUCCUGCUUAGCUCAUUGCAGACCUCGUAAUUUACAGCAUCGGCUAUGUUGAAUUAAAGGAAGAGAGCCUGGUCGAGAAAGCGAUGGCUUUGUCAGGUACCAAACUUUUCGGUAUCCCGAUACUUGUCCAACAAACGGAGGCGGCGCGCAAUCGGGGCGAAGGUGCCUCGACCGCUCAGGCACCUAUUCGGCCGAACCUACCGCCGCAUCUUGGUGGUACCGCGACAAGUGGGUCGCCCCCAGCCAUUACUGAAUCUUUGAUCGCCGGUAUUCCUCUGCCUCCGCAUUUCUCUGCUGGCGCACCGAUACACCUCGGUCAAAAUGUGGCGAGCGUCGCUGCCCGCGCUAAGUCGCACGCCAACCAAGCAUCUCGGCUUUACGUUGGCAGUUUGCAUUUCGAAAUUACAGACACUGACCUCAAGAGCGUCUUUGAUCCUUUUGGCACGAUCGAAAGCGUGGAUCUUCACCGCGAGCCGACUGGAAAGAGUAAAGGAUUCGCUUUCAUCCAGUGGGUACCGCUUCGUGCGAGAGGAGUGGCCAGCAAGCGAGAGCUCUGAUAGCUUACCGUUGUCUCUCCAUCCUGCGGCAGAUUUACAAAUGUCGAGGACGCUGAGCGAGCUAUACAGCAUAUGGACAACUUUGAGCUUGCCGGUCGAAACAUUCGGGUGGGACACGUCAAUGCUCGAGGUCAGGAGGGCAGAACCAUGCACCAGCAACAAGCAGCAGUCGCUGCUGCUGCACAACAAGGCAUCGAUAUUUCUGGGCAGACUGCGACCACGACGUCGUCAUUCGACGAGGGAGGCGGCGGAGGCCUGACUUCUGCCAGCCGUGCCGCUCUGAUGGAAAAGCUCGCCCGCACGGAGCAGCCCGCACCAACGGUCCCGACCGAACAGUGAGUCCAUCAGCCGCGCCAAAUGAUCGCAUGGGAUCAGAGGGCUUACCACGAAAACACUCGUACGCCCUCGUAGAACCAGACCCGCUAAUAUGCCGGUCGCGUUGAGUCGUGCCAUCCUGCUGAAAAAUAUGUUCAAUCCUGAAGAGUGAGUAUGUGCACAUAUUUCGACCAAGUCAUCCAGCUGACGUCCUGCAUACCAAACCCCUUCUCAAGGGAGACCGAGCGGGACUGGGACAAGGAAUUGACUGAAGAAGUCAAGGGCGAGUGCGAGGAAAAGUACGGUGUAGUCGAAGCUUGCUACGUAGACAAAGAGAGUGCUGGAGAGAUUUGGGUCCGUUUUGCAGCAGUCGACGGUGCUGGAAAAGCCAUCAAUGCUCUUAACGGUCGCUUCUUCGCCGGGCGAAAAGUCGUAGCGCAGUAGUGAGUGGUCCGACGAGCUUGCGUUUCUUUCAUGGAACUUGCUGUCCCACGCUGACCUCGGGAACUUCGCUUUGGCAGUGUCUCGGAAGGGAUCAUGCAAGCAACGAUGCAAGGAUAG